AUGGCAUCGGCAGAACUGGAAGCCGUAGAAGCCAGGAUUAUGGCUCCUAGAAGACAACUGUUUCCACCUGGGAUCAUGUGGCUGGCCAUCUCCCUGCUCAGCUGCCUGCUAGCCUCUAGCAAAGCCAAAGUCUUCAGUCGCUGUGAGCUGGCCAAAGUGCUCCAUGACUUUGGUCUGGAUGGUUACCGGGGAUACGGUCUGGCUGAUUGGGUCUGCCUUGCUUAUUUCACAAGUGGCUUCAACACAGCGGCUGUGGACCACGAGGCUGAUGGAAGCACCAACAAUGGCAUCUUCCAGAUCAACAGCCGGAGGUGGUGCAAAGGUCUCAACCUGAACAGCGACAACCUGUGCCACGUGUACUGCACUGACUUGUUGAACCCUAACCUCAAGGACACUAUUAUCUGUGUCAUGAAGAUAGUCCAAGAGACCCAGGGUAUGGGAAACUGGGAGGCCUGGAGGCAUCACUGCCAAGGCAAGGACCUCAACGACUGGGUGGAUGGCUGUGAAUUCUAG